UUCACAAUUCGAACGCCAUUUUCGCUUAAAAAGCUGGAUAUGUCAGCUUUGGAAAAAUGGUUCCUGACCACAGGUGAUAUUUCGGGUUUCCGGAAGUGGUUUUGAGGUGUUUUUUGCUGAUUGAGGUUGCCUGAAAACAUGAUAUUUUGGUUUAUUGCAGUUUAUACUCCACUUGCGUCAAAAGUCAAGUUUAUACAUCUUUGCAUCUUACAUCUAUCUAUUUCGCCGUUAACUCAAGUUUUAUGUUUUUCAAAAGUAUACUAGUCCAGAGAAUGUGUCUUAUAUCUUUUAACGAAAGACGACUACUACAAUUAACCUCUAGAUCGGGACCAAUAUUUGCAUCCCCAUCCGACGGAAUGCGUGAUCAGACAAAUCUUGUCACCAAAAAAUACCACCUGGGACUGGGAUUGAACCCAGAGGGUGAGCUGCAACGGCGCCAACCACUGCGCCACCGGACUCUGCAAAACAAAAUAUUCAAACUAAUCUCUGACAAGGUCAAGGUCGUAAAGUGUAACAUUAGGGUCUCUGAGAUUGCUAAGUAGAUAAAUAUUUCCCUGAUUCUGAGAAGAAAACACCCGUGGUCCAUAGGUUGUGAUGGAUAAACUAUCUUCCCUUUAUUUAACAGUCGAAUCCAGAAGGAAAUCCGCUACGUUGCUCGGAUUGAUAAGCUGUUAAGAUUUACUGUUGGAGUAAAAAUCGCAAUUUAUGUUUACGUAGUAAAAGAAUACUCCGUUCAUGUUUUUUAACAAAGGAAUUUUCGCUAACUUUUUAGUUUAUUUGUGAAAAAGUGGUUUGUUUAAAGUUCGAGCUUUGCUUGAAUUAAAUUUUUGGUUCUUUAGCAGCAGAGUUUCAAUAAUUAUUGUGUAUCCAAAGAGUAAACAAUUAAAAUUACCAUUUUUACCAUACCUUUAAAAAACGAGGUAAAAAUUAUUGUUUAAGCCUAAAUUUUUCCCAGCAAUUUUGAUGGUUGGGAAGUGAAGUAAAAAGCAUUAAAAUUUACACUCUCGCAAGCUGGUAGCAGCACUCUGGCACUGCCAGCGGUUUGCCCGUAUGUAUUUUCUUUGCGGACGUAACCCAAAUGAAUCCGAACUCUUCUACAGGGUUACUGGCUUAUUGCCGAGCCAGGAAUGUUGAAGGUUUACGGUGGAAGGCAACGUGGCAGCCCAUGUAGAGCACACUCAAAAUAAUCCACACGUUGAUGCUACCUGAAAAAUCACGUAAUCCUGAUUUUCCCCUCGCUAGGCUCGUUUUACGUGACACACGUAAAAAUAAUGUGAAAGUGUACUGGCAAAAAAAUGUUUUCACGUUGAUGUUACGUGAAAAGCCUUAUGGUAUUUUUCCACUAGGGUUUUCCAUGUAGUUUUUAUGUAUUUUGAAAUGUAACUUCAACGGCACUCGAGUGCGCCAUUCGGCGAAAUUUCUACGUGAAUAUUUUAGUAUGAAAAUUGAUGGCGUUCGGUGAAGAACUGCUGCCAGACUUGUGGUCGCAAAAUUUUAUCGAAAAUGUAACAGAUGAUGUCUAGAAGAAGCAUCUUCUUUCUCGAUGGCCAUUGGCAUUCUGGCCGGUGAUAUCACCAGCGGUGACCUGAAGAACCCCUCGAAGGCGAUCCCAGGCGCAAUCUUGGUCAUCAUCCUGACGUCGAUUUCGUCCGUCGGAACGGCAAUUGUGGCCGAUAUUACUGUGGUGAAUGACGCCAUCGGAAAUGUUUCGGACUUGGCCAACGGGUCGUGGAUCUAUGCCGAUUGUGCCCCGGAGAAGUACGAGUACGGAUUACACAACUCGUUCCAGGUCAUGGAGUUGGUAUCUGGUCCAAUCAUCUACGCCGAGUACGCCGAAAAGGGUUUCUCCGCGGUCAGCAGAAUCGGCAAACUUUGACCACAUAUCAUACACAUCAUACAGUGCAGUCAUCAGUUUAUUUCCGGCAAGAGGCACGGCAUUACAAAGUUGUGUACAGUGAAAUCGUUUCAAUAAAGUUUAAAAAGUAUAAAUAAAAAAAAUAUCUUCUAAUUAAAA